ACUAUUCAAUUUCAUGAGAUUGUAAAGGACGAUCAAUUUACAACGAUAAAAGCAGAAUGCUGAAGUCAACGUUCGAAUAUACCAAACAACGAAGAACAUUUGGACGUGAACCAAUUUUUUCAAUAGUGCAUGCGCAAAUGUUAGACUCCAUCGCCCCAAAUAAAGAAGAACAAAACCAAUACGUACUCCGCAAUCCUGUACACCGUGAAGCACAAGCAGUAUUGCCGCAAUCUGAACAUGAAGCUAAUACGAAGCAAUUGAUAAUUCGCGAGCAAGGCAUUAAUCAUGCUGAAGGCGGUUGGCCUCGGGACGUUCAAAGGGAGAAUGAAGAACACGUGCAACGCUACGUUCGUCGCUUAACUCACGAGGAUCACUAUAUUAAUGCAGUUGCGAACGCAUCUGGUGCCUUAAAGCACUGUUUAGACCAAAACAACGCCAUCGACAUGUAUACGAUCUAUUUUUCAAAUUUUCCAUCUCAAGAACCAGUCGAAAAAUACUGCAUACGAACCGUUAAUACAUUCCGUGAUGAUUUGCAUCGAAGUGUCUCAUGCUUAGAUUGGACACAUGACGUCAAUUCAAAGGUAGUAGCUUCACACUAUUAUUUCGCACAAGGAACGAAUCCUAGUCAAUUCUGCUGUCAUGUAUGGGACACACAAAAUCAAAACAAACCCGUACAUGAGCUAGAUCCAAGUCAUCCAUGUUGGCGACUUGCUUGCUCUCCUGUGGACCCUGAAAUUGUCAUAUGUGGUUUAGAAAAUGGUACAGUAUGCGUUUUCGAUAUCCGGGAAGGCCGGAAUUCUGUACUUCAAAGUUCGAUCUACAAUUCUCAUACCCAACCCAUCACAGGAUUACUCUACACACACAAUCGCACUGGUACGGAAUUUUAUACCGGCUCUCCAGAUGGACAAUGCAUGUGGUGGGAUAUCCGUGAUCUUUCUGAACCGACAGAUCGUGUUCCGAUUUCCAUUAAAUUAUCUUCUAAUCAAAAGCCAAGUUUAGCCAACGCUGAAGGUGUUAGUGCUAUUCAGUUCGAUAAAGGCGUUCCUACUAAAUUCUUAGUUGGAACCGAAACUGGAUAUGUUGUUAAUGGAAACCGUAUGGGUAAAACUCAUUCUGAGGUUUUAUAUUCAUAUUAUAAAACUCACGAAGGAGUCGUUCGCAAAGUACAACGCAGCCCGUGUACUUUUAGAAUGUUUUUGACUUGCGGUGAAUGGGAUGUGCGCAUUUGGAGUGAAGAAGUAAGAACAGCGCCCAUUAUAGUCACUAAACCAUACAAAUACGAAGUAGUUGACGCAGCUUGGGCACCACAACGAUAUUCUAGCUACAUGGCAGUGUGUAACGGCGGGAUAAUCUAUUAUUGGGAUUUCCUUCGCAAGUACAAAGAUCCAGUCGCUGCUUUACAACUAUCAUCUCAUCCUCUCACCACUGUUGCGCCACACCCUGACGGCGAACUAGUUAUAACAGGUGAUGAAAAUGGUACUAUAUUUUUAUUGCAUUUGUCGGAAAAUAUGGCAUUUCCCGACGUAAACAACAAAUCUCUUAUGGGUAAAACUUACGAAAGGGAAACAAAACGUGAACAUAUUUUGGAUAAUCGAGUCAAAGAAAUUAAUUUAAAGAAACGAGAAGAAGAAGCAGCCACUGCCGCAGCGGCUAUUUCGGAAGAAGAAAUUCUAGAAGAAGAAGAUCCAGAUAGAGAAACUGAAGAGGAAUAUUUUAGAAUCGUAAAAGAGGAGCUGUAUAAUAUGUACGGAACAUCAGAAAUUGGUGAUCUCUCUAGUCCUGAUCAUAAUUAAAUAAAAAGAAAUAUCGAGUUCUUAGUAAAAAGAGUAAAAAGAAAUACUUAUACACGUACAUUCAUUUGAUGAAAACAAUGUACUAAUACUAAUAAAUUC